AUGCCUCCUCCCAUGGCUCGUCCAGCUCGAGCAGCUCUCCAACAGCUCUCCAACAAGACGUUUUCGAAACGCUGCUACUCCCUGGCACCUUCGCCCUCUACUCCAGUGACCUCUCCAUUCGCCCCCCGCCAUCUGCUAUCCAUCGCAGACCUGACACCCGCCGAGCUCACCACUCUUGUCCGCAAUGCCUCGUCCUCGAAGACAGCCAUCAAGUCCGGUUCCACCCCGCGCAACCUCCAGGGCGCCUUGAGCGGCAAGACCGUAGCAAUGAUGUUCAACAAACGCUCAACGCGCACACGCGUGUCCACCGAAGCAGCAGUCACAGCCAUGGGCGGCCACCCGAUGUUCCUCGGAAAAGACGACAUCCAACUCGGCGUCAACGAGUCCCUCUACGACACCUCGCUGGUCAUCUCCAGCAUGACGUCCUGCAUGGUUGCGCGAGUCGGUCCUCAUUCCGACGUAGCGGACUUGGCCAAGAACUCUUCAGUGCCCGUAAUCAACGCCCUGUCGGAAGACUACCACCCUCUACAAACCAUUGCCGAUUUCCUCACCAUCCACGAAGCGUUCCCCUCUUCUGCCGUAGGAGCAUCGAGUUUGGGUCUUGAGGGGCUGAAUAUUGCAUGGGUUGGAGACGCGAACAACGUUCUGUUCGAUCUUGCAAUUGGUGCUAUAAAGCUAGGGGUGAACAUCUCGGUCGCUGCGCCAAAGGGCUACGAGAUCCCCGCCCGCAUGCGCGACAUCAUCCUCUCUUCCGCUCAAGGCUCCUCGUCCCCAGGCAAACUUUCAGAGACCAAUGUCCCGGAGGAAGCUAUCAAGAACGCAGAUAUCUUGGUUACCGAUACCUGGGUGUCGAUGGGCCAGGAAGAGGAGUCGGCCAAGAGAAUAAAGGCAUUUGCUGGGUACCAAAUCACAAACGAGUUGGCGAAAAGGGGCGGCGCGAAGGAAGGAUGGAAGUUCAUGCAUUGCUUGCCUAGGCAUCCAGAGGAGGUUGCCGAUGAAGUGUUCUACAGCCCCAGGAGCUUAGUAUUCCCAGAGGCGGAAAAUAGGCUCUGGGCUGCUAUUGCUGCUCUGGAAGGAUUUGUUGUCAACAAGGGGAUACUUGUACCUUGA